CCCUAAUAUUCUACAUGAAAUCCAUAUAGAUCCAUGAUUCACAAGGGUCUAUGCCUUGCAUCAAGCAGGACAAGUUAACCGGUAUUUUGAGUGCUAUUCUCCAAGCCAAUGACCAGGUAUGUUGGCACACGCAUUUGAGGAAUGCUAGGGGUGUUGCAGAGAACGCUCUGCUGCAAAACCAUCUAAGCGAUGCGCGCCUCCCAAUAAUAAACCCAAUUAUAGCGUGCUCAUGAUUUGUGUGUGGAAUCGAAUGUCAUUUUCGGGUAUUAUGGACAAAAUUAGAGGCGUUAUGAUAGAUUCCUAUUUGAGGCGGACAGUAUGAUACUGAGACGUGUCCAGAAUCUCAGGUUUUCCAAUAAUGAGCGUGUGACGUUUCACCGCGAGAUGAACACGGCGCGGCUUACGUUCAAGUGCUCGGCCGCGAACAGAUUCAGUCAUUACUGGCGACAUUGGGAGUUAUUUAUCUAACGGAAAAAAACGGGUUUUCAGUUUCUGCAAUAUAGUAAUUGUGUUCGUUCUCUCCUUGCCGGGGAGCGCGUGGCUGCAUGGGCCUGGGAGAGGCGUGACGCGCCUGUACCGCAUAUCCUGGAUGGCAGAUAUUUGCAUAUAGGGUCGCCUGAAAGCAUGCAGUGAUGAUGCUAUUGAGGAGAGAUGGCAUCGCACGUGUGUGAUGUGACAACUAGCGUGCCAUGGAGAUUCUGAUGAGCGCGUGCUCGAGGAUGUGCCCCGGAGUCUCUCAGGGCCUGCGCACUAAUUGCGCGCACCUGCUGGUAGCAUCCUUGCUGGUGUCCAUGACGAUGUCAAGCUCACCUGUUGCAGGCGGUGUGGACUCCAACGGAACGACAGCAAAACGGUCCUCAUCGCGGUCGUCAUCGUCACCCUCUUCCAGAUGGCCAGGCGCCACCCCACCCAAAGACACUAGUCCCCAUGGUAACACUGACGCUGCCUCAGUGGACGAUGAAGCUCAGGGCAUACAUCUCCUACUGAGACCCCCGGACCUGCUGUCCCCCAGCCACCCCCCUCCUCUGCCCCCCCACAGCCAGCCCACCCUCACCCCGCCCCCGCCCUGGGAACACGCCCCCUCCCUAGAGGAGGCCUGGGGGUCCGGUGACUACCUGGAAACGCUCUCCUUCAUGGGCCCAGAGGGGGAGGAACUGGCCCUGGCCACACCCUUACCCAGUCACACAUACGACCCUGACGACGUGGCCUCCUAUGACACCUCCUUCCCCUCCCGCCCAACCCUCCCCCUGUCCUCCAGCCUCCUCCGACCCUAUACGUCCCCCACCUCCCCCCUCCGGGAGGGUCUCCCCUUUACUCACCCUGCCCAGCCUGAGGGAUACCCUCACUGGGAUGAAGAAGACUAUGACCUGGGGGACAUUUUUCCUCUGGAGCCCACGGAGCUGCUGCUGCCGGAUAUGAACAGUCUGGAGUACUACACUAAUCUGCUGGCCAGAGAGCGAGACGAGGAGAGGGAACGGGAGAGAGAGAGGGAAAGGGAGCGAGAACAGGAGAGAGAGAGGGAAAGGGAGCGAGAAUGGGAGAGAGACAGGGAAAGGGAGAGGGAUCGAGAUGGAGAAAGAGACAGAGAUAGAGAAAUUGUCAUCCCACCCCCAAAGACCACCCCCAAACUUGGCAUCACACCCACCACUACCACAAAAACACACAUACACACUCAGCCCCCAUCCCCCUCCCCUAGCACAGGGCCCCCUCCUGCCCGGGACCACAAGCACCCUCUUGUCCCCUCAGCAGGUCCCACCCCUCCCCUGACCCUCUCACCCACUCUCUGGGAGGGUCAGGGUACCUCCACCCCUGGAGUUAGACCCACCUCCAGAGUACCCCCUCAGCCUCCUGUUCGGCCCAGAGUCCCCCCAGCUACCCCUGGCAGACACCCUCCACUGCCCCCAUCUAACACAACCAGCCUGGCUCGCCCCCCCAUGCUGCGACCUCCAGGGAGGGAACCCAUAAAACCACCACCACCACCACCUGUGACCGAGGUCCCCAGCAACCGACCGACGACCACUACCAAGGCAACCACUGUUACCACGACAACCCCUGGUACCCUGGCGAGCAUCACCCGGACUCCCCCAGCCCCUCCAGGACGCCAGUAUCUGUGUAACGUCACCAAGCCUGACAUGUACCUGGUCAGAGUGGUCCUGCCAAAGUCUGGCUCCACUGUGGGCUUUGGCCAGGUCAGGGACAUCUUGAAGAGGGAAUUCAACCGCUCAGUGGAGUUGCAGUUCCUGAGAACUCCGUCUAGCCUUGCGUUCCGUGUUGUGGCGGGACCUCUGAUCUUCACCGCCAUGUCUGUCGUCAACGCUCUGCGCCAAUCAACACGAAGCUCCUCCUUGUUCCCCACUGUCUCACCUCUCUACGGCAUACCUGAUCACAAGUACCAGAUACACUCUGUGCUGCAGUUUGUGCCCGGUCACGUGGAUGUGCGUGUGUGUAACUUCAGUCAGCGAGUGGAGAGAGGACUGCUGAUGGCCUACACAGAGACACGCAGACGUGCACAUGAAUUUGGCAACGUUACUGUACAGCUUCUGAACAUCACCAUGGGUCAGGCCAAGCCGCAGGGUGACCAGAAGGUUCCGGUGGACAUCACGUUUGCGUUGCGUGAUGGGCGGGGAUACCUGUUGGGGUCAGAGGUCAGCGGUCACCUGAGACACCUAAGCACGGUGGAGUUCAGCUUCUACCUGGGCUUCCCCGUGCUGCAGAUCGCUGAACCCUUCCACUACCCCGAGCUGAACGUUUCUCACCAUCUACGCUCCUCCUGGGUCCGCACCGUGUUACUGGGUGUCCAGGAGCAGACGGUGACUGAGCGGAGCUUCAAGGCUCGUCUGGAGCGCCGUCUGGCCCUGCUGCUGGAGGAGGGGCUGGGGGACGGGAGUCAACGACCCCGCUGGAAAAGAUCCACGGCCGUGGGCAACAACAGCUUACAGGUGGUGCGUGUGUCGAGGCUGGCAGGUUCAGGGCGUUCACUGGAAGUGGUGUAUUUCGUGGAGGGACCAGAGGGGGAGAGAGUCCCUGCUGAUGCCACCGCUGCCACCCUCAACCGCCUGGAGCUGCAACGGGCUGCCAUCGUACUGGGGCACCGCGUCCAGAGACCCCUUGCCCAGCCUGUGGAGACCCUGACGGUGCCCCCGUCUGAGACUCAGAGCAGCAGUGUCUGGCUGAUUGUGGGGGUGGUGGUGCCUGUCCUGCUGGCUAUCUUUAUCAUCAUCAUCCUCUACUGGAAACUGUGCGGCUCGGAGAAGCUGGAGUUCCAGCCUGACGCCAUCAACACCAUCCAGCAGAGACAGAAGCUGCAGGCUUCCAGUGUGAAAGGGUUUGACUUUGCCAAGCUCCACCUGGGGCAGCACAGUAAGGAUGACAUCAUGGUGAUCCAGGAGCCUGGUGCCCUCCCUGUGCCCAUCAAAGAGUCCACCCCCUCUGAGGGAGGGGAUCUCAACACUCCCAAAUCCAAGGGCUCCUCCACCAAGGGUGCCCGCGCUAACCGCCGUAGGGGGAGACUGUCCCCGUCAGAUGGUGACUCGUUAGGUAGCGACCAAUCGAGUGGCAGGGAGUCUGCAGAGGAGACCACCAGACAUGUGGGCACGCCCCACGAGGGGAAACCGCACCGAAACAAAACGCCCAAGAAUGUCCCUCCCGCAGGCAGUGGUCCAGAUGAGCUGCUCUCCUCUUCCUCCAUCUUUGACCACGUGGACCGUCUGUCCCGAGGCUCGUCUGACGGCAGGGGUCGCCAGGCCAACAAGGUCCAGCUGAUUGCCAUGCAGCCCCGGCCCAGCCCACCACAACGCUCACACAGCCCCACCAUCACAGAGAGGGUCAGCGCAGAGGUGGCUCUGAGACAUAAGUCAGAGAUCGAGCACCACAGGAACAAGCUGCGUCAGCGGGCUAAGAGGCGGGGCCAGUGUGAGUUCCCCUCUAUGGAUGACAUCCUGGAUGCCUUUGGGCAGGCGCAGGAGGAGGCGGGGCAGGGAGGGUGUCCCCAGCGCCUCUACAGCUCAGCCCAUGACCACAUGGACAGCAUCCUGCACCCCGACCACCCCUCGCCCCCCACCCCAGGGGAAUCCAGGAAGAGGGGGAGGCGCUCUCCUCGGGGCCGGCGGAGGAAGCAGGGGAACGGCAGUCUGCCAGACACAGACAGACUGACGGACAGAGACCGCCUACUCACAGACAACAGCGCCACCUACAGGAAAUACCCUGGACUCAACAAUGUGGCCUACAUGUCCGACCCAGACCUACCUCCAGACCAUGGCAGCCCCUCCCCUAACGACGAGGUGUUUGACCACGCCCCUCCCCCGCCCCCCUAUGUGCCCCCCCAGCCGUCCAUCGAGGAGGCGCGGCAACAGAUGCACUCCCUAUUGGACGAUGCCUUCGCCCUGGUGUCGCCCUCCUCCCAGGGCAGCGUCAGUGUCGGGGUCACGCAGGUCAGCCCCGCCCUGCCAAGCCCCUCUCCCUCCCCACAGACACACCCAUCACGCCAGUGGGGCUCCUACCCCGCAGCCCCCACACACAGCCCCUUCUCUGCGAGGUAUGCAGAGUUGGGGAUGUCUCCCUCGUCAAUACAAGGCCUGUCGCAGAGGCAGGGCCUGGGUUCAGAGGCCUAUGUUACUGAAGAGGAGCAGUUGCAGGAUUCUGUCUACGCCAACAGGGGGCAGUAUGAAGAGCCUCCCUCCUCCUCCAGACCUCGGCCUGUUGGGGGAAGCACAGGUGCUCAGCUGCAUCACCUGACUCAGGUGGGCUUGUCGAGCCGGAUCAGUGCGUACCCUGGGGUGGGCCGCAGCGUCUCUGGGCCAACAGGCUCCAGCUGGAACCAGCAGCCUUUAGACCAGGACCUCUCCAGACCCGGAGCCAGCAGGGAGACUGUGCUGUCGUUCCCUGAGUUCUCCUCCUCCGGUGUGUUUCAGAUGCCCAGCUCCUCUCUGGGAGACCAUUCUGUCCCCCCAAUGCUCCUGGCCCCUCCCACUCCAGAGUUCUCCCUAGACGAGUCCUCCCCCUCAGCCCAAAGCUCCGCCUCCCUGAUCAAGGCCAUCAGGGAGGAGCUACGACGGCUCGCCCAGAAACAGGUUGCUGUGGCCAGCAGUUACUCCUAGACCAGUGUGAGCCCCUACCCCAUAACUGGUCAAAACUACUGACUCUAAACUGGUCCGAACCAGUUUGAACUACUCAUCCUAAGCAGGUAUGGAUUGGACGGAACCACUACCCCAAACUAGUUUGAAACAGUCAGAACCACUUUCCCUAAACUGGUGUAAAGAGGCUCAUACUACUAUUCAUAAGCUGGUCUGAACAAGACUGAACCAGUCUGCAACAGAUACGAUUUCCUUACAACAAUAACAUCACGGUUCUUUACAGGGUUCUUCUCUCUGUAAAGGUUCCCCGUUCAACAGCACAGUGUUUCCACUGGACAGGAGGAUCGAGUUUGUUUUCUUCAGUUCCAUAGAAAUGCUUCCUUGAGAGGGGUCGUCUCUACCCUUCCUGACCUCGUGUAUGUGGUGCUAAACCUCAGCCUCAUGUCUCCUGUCAUUAAGUUAACCACGCAUUGCCUUCAACACACAUUCAUCAUCAGCCAUAUUGGUGAGGUCUUCUCCAUUCAUCAGCCAUAUUGGUGAGGUCUUCUCCAUUCAUCAGCCAUAUUGGUGAGGUCUUCUCCAUUCAUCAGCCAUAUUGGUGAGGUCUUCUCCAUUCAUCAGCCAUAUUGGUGAGGUCUUCUCCAUUCAUCAGCCAUAUUGGUGAGGUCUUCUCCAUUCAUCAGCCAUAUUGGUGAGGUCUUCUCCAUUCAUCAGCCAUAUUGGUGAGGUCUUCUCCAUUCAUCAGCCAUAUUGGUGAGGUCUUCUCCAUUCAUCAGCCAUAUUGGUGAGGUCUUCUCCAUUCAUCAGCCAUAUUGGUGAGGUCUUCUCCAUUCAUCAGCCAUAUUGGUGAGGUCUUCUCCAUUCAUCAGCCAUAUUGGUGAGGUCUUGCACUGUAGAGAGAUUUGGAGUAUAGUAUACUUUGGGCACGGGGGACUUGAAUAUACAGGUGAAAAAAGUAUAUGAAAAAUGAAAAUAUUAGUAGAUAUAAAAAUCCCAAAUUAGCACAAUAUGAAUUAAUAAGGGUGACCAAUGGAGUAUUGAAAUUGUAUUUAUUUUUUAUUGCUCUGAAAGUAUACUUUUAAAUCCUUUUAUUUUGUUCAAAAGAAGAUGAAAAAAGACCAAUACUGUUUGGAUGUUCUAUGGCUGUAUUCUCCCUGUGUUGGCGCUCACUGUUGCCGUGGAGCUGAUCAUAACGUUGUUUAUCGCAGUGGAGACGUCGCUUAGCAUAGUCGCUCCCUGCCCGUGUGUUCAUGUGUUGCCGGUACAAAAAUGAAGAAGGAAAAACCAUGGAUUUGCAGAUAUAAUGUGUAUAUAUAUAUAGCUCUUUUCAGUAGGUGUCAAAAGACUUGACAUGGGGCUAACCUAUCGCAUCCACCACCAAUGUGACCUUCUGGGGUGAUGAUUGACUCUGUCAAAUUGAUUCAAGAUUGGAAUAGGAAUGAUUGUAUACAAUGGUAUGAACAUCGACAAACGUGUUGCAAAGGUGAUUUUGAAUUUAGGGAUUUUGAUGGGGUGGUUUAUAGCGAGUGAAAAACACUGUCUAAUUUAACCCAAAUGGCUUCCUUUCUUCAUCUCCUUUUCUUGGUCAGCUCUUAUCCAAAUGGAUGUAAAGGUGAACCUCUCGAAGGAGGUGGAUCUAGGAAACAAUGCUAUUUAGGACAAAUCGACAUAUACUAUACUGUAGUAGUUGGUGGGUUUGGUGGUGGUUAGGAAGUGCUCUUUGUCUCCAUCUGCUGGUGGUAUGGCUGCAUGGCUGGCUUCCAUCUCUGCUUCAGGCUGUUUUCUCUGUGGUCUUAUUGGGUUUGGUCAAUGGUCAGUAAUGUGUGGGUUUGUGCAGGCGAGAGAAGGUUUGCCCAUACAGCUCUGUGCUCUAGCAAUCUACAGCAUGUUGACUACAUUUGAGGCUUCGGCUAGCUAGCUAUUAGUGAUGUGACCGUUAAUUGUUGUCUUCUCUCAGGCAUGCUGCUAAAAUAAGAACUUUUUUUUUAAACAAAAGUUCAACUGAAGAGUUGUAACACAAGUAAAGAGGUGAGAAGUGCCAUCCGAACAUGAUCCAUCCAAGCACAUAACACAUCAUAAUAAUCAAGCAAUAGAAAAUAUACAAUAUGUUGGUGUUAUUCUCUUGUUUUGCUUUUUCUAAUAAUAUUUUUGAACCUAAAUGAAAAUUGAUAACAAUAAAUAUAGAAUAUAAAAGAAAAUGAAUAUAAGCGUAAAAUAUGUCAAACUAUUUUAUCUGUGAUUGCUCAAUUAUAUGGACAGCCUUCCAACAGAAGGACUAACACAUCAUCUUCCCUGUGGACCAAUCCUGAUUCAGAACUCUUCAUCUGCUGGGACUUAUAACCUUCCUGAUUGGACCUAGUACAUGUCAAUAAGGCUGUGGGAUUAUACGGAGAGUGGAGUCACGGAGAGUGUGUGUGCACGGACGACAAACCGAUUCACCUGGUGCUACUAAGUAACUUACAAUAACAGACCCCUCUCUCCCUCUGUACUGGGGGUUGGAGUGUGUUGUCUGCUCAGUCUAACAGCAUCUCUCACACAGCCUAUACCGACAUGGGGAGCACAGACACACUGAUGUUGAUUGAUAUUCCUAUCUAAAAAGAUAGGAUUCUCUUGUCACUUCAAGCUCUGGACUUUGAGUAGCUGCGGGCGUCUCAUGAAUGUUUCAUAGAUCUGUGUUUUCUAGAUCUGCGUUUCAUAGUUCUGUGUUUUCUAGAUCUGUGAUUCUCUGUGUGUGUCUCCAGAGUGUCGGAGCAGGUGUGUUGUUGGCCCUGAUAUCAUAUGCCUAUACUCUGCCUCCAGAGGGUAUGUGUUUUGUUUACCUUUGAGACUGGGGCGGGCUCAUCUAUAGGCCACACCAUGGGGCGUGUCUUUGUAGUAGACUCUCGGGUGUAUUAAAUGUCAGACCAGGGUGGGGUUCCUGCCCGACUAGAUUCACAGACACUGCAUUGCGUCAACCAAUGGUCGCAUGCCACCGCAUCGACUGCUCAGUCAAAAAUCACAUGUUGUGGUUAACUGGUAUGUUAAACACCUAUCCAGCUGUUGUGAGGUCUGGCAUGUCUGCAAUGUUGUCAGGCAGGACCACCAAUACCAGUUUUUACAGCUCUCUCACCUUCCCACUCUUCGUACCUCUCUCCUUCUGAGCUGCAUCCCCAUGGUGUAUUGAGUCUAAAUGAUGUGUCAAUCAAACAUUAAAGAAAUGUGUUUAAACU